AAUAACUAAGUCUUAAUGGUCAGUUGCUUGACACCGUAUUGCCAGAAUCAGGCAUAUCUAGAGAACCCAGAAUCAUCAGAAAAGUUUUGUACAAAGUGUUAUUUUACCCAGAGGGAUAUCCCAGAAUCUCCUGCUGGUGUUAUAGGAAAUAUUGAUUUCAUAGAGUCGUCAGAAAUUAUAUCAACUGUUCUGUCUCCAAUUAUGUCAAAAGAUAGUCUUGUACAGAUACAAAAAGCCAAGAAGAAAGAAUUAAAGCUUCUUAAAUAAGAAUCUCAAGAUAUUAUUGAAGAGUGACCAUUGAGUGUUAACUCUGCAUCAAAUACUCCAUGAUUGCUUUAAGUACAACCUUCUGCCUGAGACUUAUUCUGAUCCCACAACAGAAGCAACACAUCAGUAUGAUCAGAUCCUUCAGGAUCUAAAUAAAAUGUUGGGUAAAGUCUACUCACUAAACGGUGGGCAGGGAGAAGACCCUUGCUUCACUAGUCAUAAACAAGUGAUUAAAGAGACAAUUGGAGCAUUCCAAGAGACACGGGAAAGACUUAGGGUCAUGCGGGAGUGGAACGAAGACCAGGUUGUCAAGCCGAGGAACAAAGAUAUCGACUUUAGAGAAAAUCAAAUAUUUGUAUUGAAAACUGAACUUUGAAGAAUUUUGAGAGAAUCAAAAAGAGAAAUAGAGGAAGAUGUCGAGCAAUUUAAACCAGAUGUAUACAAUAGAUGUGUAGAAUACUUCAUUAAAACCCAUUUUGAAGAAGAAAAAUGUGGCUUUCCAUCACCUCCCCAUAACAACUAUCGCAUCUACUCAUCCUUAUUCCCAUCACACCCUCCUAUCUCCCUCACUUCCCGGUUCAGCCCAAUCCCAUGAGAAUCUGUUGGCAGGAGUGGAGAUUUCAACUAUGUUAACUCAAGCUCCACCAUCUCAAAAACUCAAUCUCUCUCUUCAAUCUCUGAGACUCUCUACUCUCCUCUAAAUCUCUCACUGGGGUUAACCUUGCCUCCGAUCCACACUAUCCACUUCCCGUACAUCGAUCAAGGCCAGUCGGAGGUUUACAACUUCUUAAAGCAGAACAUCAGGAGCUACGUCAGAGUCUUACAUCUCGAAGGGACUUACCUUGCAAUGCCAAGAAUCGAGGAAAUUGUGGAAUUGUUGGUACACGGGUUUAGAGAAAAGACUCCCUUUGGAGAUUACCUCAUUUGCUAUAAAUUAGCUAUCGGGACAGUGCUUCUGGAGCGCAUCUUUAUGACUCCAGUUAUCUUAGGCAAGCUAUGCGAAGCUUUCAAGAGUCCCAUGAUAGAGGUCCUCAAUGGAUUUGAUGUAGAGGAAGAAGAAGGAGCCAGAAUCAUUCUUAGGGACUGUGAAGUCAAGUUUGAAGUAAAAGAGUAUUUGGAAAGAUACCCUGCUCUAAGAAUAGAGGGGUAUUAAACAGCUUUCAAUAUGAUUAGUUCUCUUGG